UCACAGCUGACAAGUGACGUUUUAACCAACACGUGUAUAAGUCAUCAUCAUCGUCUUCUUCUCCUUAAAAUCCCUAAUUUCUGAGCUCCGUGGCGCGCCGUCGUACGUUCCACAUCUGCAGUCAGAGAAUCUAACUGCUCGCCUGGGAGACUGAGACCAUGCAAAACCCACGAGCAUCAGAUGACUCCGGUUCUUCCGACGUCGAAGCUGAGAUCAGCGACGGCCUUCCUCCGCUUGACAGAUCUCACAGAGUCGUCGAAGAUGAAGCUUCGUUGGUGAUGAGAGCAGAGAUGUAUCAAGCUUACAUGAAGGAGCUUCCUAUUCCGACAAACCGCGGUUCGGUUAUUCCCUUCACAAGUUGGGUCGGUUUAAGCUUCUCAAUCAAACAGCUUUAUGGUCAACCUCUGCACUACCUCACGAACGUGCUGUUACAACGUUGGGAUCAAGCAAGAUUCGGGUCUGAUUCUGAGUACCAGAGUUUGGAUUUCAUCAUCCAUCCUUGUAAAGCUGAAGCUACCGUCUGGCUCGUUGAGGAAAUCCAUCGUCUCACUUCUUCUCAUCUUCAGAUCGCUCAGCUUUGGGGAUCUGAUCCUAUGUACCACUCGUUGGUUGAUCCCAUCGUUCCUGAGCUACCACGAUCAUGAAACAAGUUCUUGAACACCUUUUCAAGAAUCUUACUUUCUAAGAUUUUAAGUUUAGAUAAUGAAAUGUGAAUGCUCUUUUAUCCUUAUUACUACUUGUGUUUCUGUAAUCAGCACAAGUCAUUCCAAGAAUCAUCUUUUGAAGUUUCUGUAAUUAUCUCUUUGAACACUUACCUUUGAGUAAAGAAAUGAAACCUGUUGUUGUUCUUUGUACAAA